CAGCCUCAUCAGUUCUUGCCUUGGCUUCUUCUGACGUUCAACCUAGAAGGUCAUCUGGUGGGUCAACACACAGUGACCCAGCACAUUCUGAGGUGUCAUUUAAGGGUUGGCACAAGAUGUGGGAGUCUGGACAUACUGAGGCUGAAGGAGGAUACUGAAAGGGGACUCUUUCAGAGGGCCAUGUCUUAUAAAGACAAAUAUGGAAACAGAAAGUGGAGGAAAGUCCUGAAGGAUGACCGGAUGUGGUUUCACCCUCCAGAAUUUCCUGGAAUGGUGGAAGGAAAAGUCCCCUCAGCAGACUUUCGCAGCUCAUCGCCUAAACCAAAGGUGCCAGGAGCUAUUUGGGGAGGUGGAGGAGGCAAACUACAGGCCUCCGGUUCCUGCUGGUGAUGAGCGCAUUGGUCUGGAGUACCUGUUUUCCCAGUCCUCAGAGCCCUUCAGUGCUCCUGAUCAUUACGCUCAGACUAGAGAGACACUUCAGGCAGAUGAGGAUGAGGACGAAGAUGUUCCUGCUGGGGUGGCAGAGGAAGAGCCGCAGGAGGAAGAUGAUGAUGUGGGCUACUCCUCAGACCGCGAGAGGGACAGCCUGACUCCUCUGAGGAACUGUCUGUGCCUCACCGAUCAGGCAGUGGCUGCUGAAUUUGACCCCUGUGUGGAGGACGUGUGCGGUCCCAAUCAUCUGCCUGGGUACCAGCACGUAGAGGAUCUGUGUAAAGUCCUUGUUGAGAUCGCCCUGGAGGAAGGAAAACUUGCCCUAAAUGAGUCGACCAGGCAAAAGGUCAUCAGCGCCUGGAACAAGCUUGACCUCCAUGACCGCAGCAUCCAACAAUUCGACAGCCUCUACUCUGCACGCUGGGGCAAUGCUCUGUUUGGCCGCACCAGUGGAGAUCCGACUGAGGCGUCCCUGGUGCAGAAGCUCAAGUUCAGCCAGCGCUACUCAGCCGCACACUUGGUGGACUCCAGAAAGAACCAGCUGAUGUACUGCCUGGUCAAACAGCUGUGGCUUCAUCCUGGUGUUGGAGGAAAAGCUAAAGGGUCACCGCUGAAACAGCAGAUCACUAAACUGUACCAGCGUGUGCAGCAGAGAGUGACGGUGGACGAUGAUCAGCUCAGCAAACUCAGGAUUCCCAUCCUGAAAUAAAAUUCAAAGUGCGUGAGCAAGUUCAUCAGGAGGCAGGAGGCGCUGUCAGCCACAAACGUCACCGACCAGGGUCUGUCUGUCCUCCGUCGUCACCAGAGCGUCUCCAGCACCAGCCAGCCCCCCGCUGAGGAGCUUCAAGAGGAAAGACCCCAUACCAGCCGGCCUGCAGUGCAGUAUCCCAUCACCACUUCUCUGGCCGGCACCCGAAAGUUGAAGCAAAGGCUCCCGCAAAUCUUACCUGUCCCUCCCUCUGCUCUUGCUCAACCAGUUCCUGCGCCAGCCCAUUCAAUGCCCGCAGGACUCCGGCACACACACACUCCGCUGACUGCACCUCCCGCUGUUUCCUUGCCGCAGCCACUGUUGCCCUCAAGAUCAACAGUCUACAAGAGGAAAAAGGCAGAACUCAGUGGCUCUGGACAUCCAACCUCAGUGAAGGUUUACAUCUGUGCUCUGUGUGGCCAACCAACUCAAGGCCACAAGAAAUACAGAAAGAAGAGCUACUGUGAGAGCUCCAAAGCCUCCACGUCCACAAACCUUGCUGGGCAGACUUUGACUGUUUUGAAGACUUUA